AUAAUAUUGAUAAACUGAUAGCAGGUGAAGGAAGAUGAGCAGAGUAACAUUAUCUCAGUACAGUAUCUAGCGUGCAGAGUAUCUUUUAUAUCACUCUUAACUUAUAGGUAAAUUAGAGUUUGGAAAAGGUUUUCGUGAUGCACCGUGGCUUAGUCUUGCUGUUAGGUCUUAUUGGGGCGACAUGUGCUUUAAGGUUGAGCAGACAUAGAAAGUUCCUGUAUCCACCAGCACUUCCUGAAGGCACUGAGCCUCCCCCAGACCAGUGGUUCACCCAGACCCUCGACCACUUCAACCCUACUGAUACCAGGACAUGGCAACAGAGGUACUUUACCAAUGCAACUUUCUACAAGCCGGGUGGACCUGUUUUUCUGAUGAUUGGAGGUGAAGGACCAGCCAACCCAGUAUGGAUGGUGGAAGGAGCUUGGAUUUCAUAUGCUAAGGAUGUUAAUGCCUAUCUACUCUACUUGGAGCACCGAUUCUAUGGCCAGAGCCAUCCUACAGAGGAUGUUUCAGUAGAAAAUUUAGUUUACCUAAGCAGUGAACAAGCCCUGGCAGAUUUGGCAACUUUUACUGUAAGCAUGCAAGAAAAUCUUGGCUUAAAAGAAAACAAAUGGAUAGCAUUUGGUGGAUCAUAUCCAGGGUCCUUAGCCGCUUGGUAUCGCUUGAAGUAUCCACAUCUAGUGCAUGGAGCUGUUGCUACAAGUGCUCCUAUUGUGGCUCAGCUCAAUUUUAAAGAGUAUCUAGAAGUGGUUCGUGAUUCUCUUGCCACGACUGGGGAAGAGUGCAACACAGCGAUCAAGGAAGCACACAGGCAGCUCCAUACCCUUCUUCAGGAUAAGACUGGAUGGAUUACGAUCACUGAAAAAUUUAGGCUCUGUACACCAUUAGAUGGAAUCAAUGAUCAAGAUGUAGCAAACUUAUUCUCUAUGCUGACAGAAAACGUAGAAGAUGUGGUACAAUAUAAUGAAGACAAUCGAGCUUUUGAGGGCGUUAAGGGUACUAACAUUACCAUUGACGUUGUGUGUGGCAUAAUGACAGACAAGGCAGGAGGUGUCCCAGUAGCAAGAUAUGCUGCGCUCAACUCAAUGAUUUUGGACGUAUAUGACGAGGAAUGCCUUGAUCACACGUAUGACACUCUGAUGAAGGAGUUAAAGGAAACCAGUUGGGAGAAUAACACCAGUGUUGCAGGUAAGGGUCCUUGUUUCCCUCUAGGUCGUGCCUGGACUUAUCAAACUUGCACGGAGUUUGGUUUCUAUCAGAGCUCAGAUUCAGCAGACCAACCGUUUGGAAAUGAGUUUCCAAUUGAGUUCUUCACUCAGCAGUGUCAGGAUAUCUAUGGGUCAAGGUUUACCUAUAGCCUGAUAGAGGCCAGUAUCAAGAGAACAAACACAAACUAUGGUGGCAGAAAUCUGAAAGUGACAAGAGUUGUUUUUCCCAAUGGUUCUGUUGACCCUUGGCAUGCUCUUGGAGUUACUGCUGACCUCAGCACUGAUGCUACUGCCAUUUUUAUAAACGGAACUGCACAUUGUGCCAACAUGUAUCCUGCCUUGCCCACUGAUCCUCCACAGCUGACACAGGCAAGAGAGCAGAUUGCCCAGCUCAUUAAAAAAUGGCUCCAGGAGUGAUAUGAAUAUCAGCUCCCACAUAUGUAUUAUGGGCUCAGAUGAAUUAAAGUGAUGGAAAUUUAUAUAUUGUGGAAUGGAUGUGCUUUUAGUAAGAAUUUAUGUGUUGACUAUAUGUAGUAUGUUCUUAAAAUUUUUACUUUACAUAGUAGCAGCUUAAAAAUUGUACUUACAUUUGUUUUAGGCUUUGUUCUCAUAUAAGUUUUAAAUUAAUGUAAUAAUUUGGUACAGUAUAAUUUUUAUUAAAUUCUUGACUUGUGAUAAGUAUAGUUCAAAACAUAAUUCACCAAUUAAAUUUAAAGGUUUUACCAAAUUAUUUGUCUUAUAAUGUAUUUUGAAAUACCUAGCAAAUAUCCAUUUGAUUUUUAAUAUGUAUACACUAAACUCCCAGUUAUAUCUGUCCUGGAAGACAGGGAACCCAGAUGCAAAGGUUGACAACCAUUCAAGAUAUGGUUACUUGUUACAGCUAGUGGAGACCUCUCUCAAGAAGGAGGUCUGUCACUUUUAAGUGGGUCCUUUCCCAACACUGUUUACUUGUCUUAUUAAGAAUCCAUCAACUUUUGUAAGAUUUGCUUCUUUGGAAAUGGGAUAAGAUUUAUUGUUAAAACAUCUGACACUCAUUGGAUUGGAUCAUCCAAUGAUAGAAUUACUACUACAGGUUUUCUACAAAUGGCAAAGGCUUUAUUUUUGGUUAUUUCUUGCUCGUUAUUAGCUGAAUGACACUUGCACUUCAUUGUAAAGAGGCAGUUUUGCUAAACCUUGCUCUGUUCAUUCUGGGGACAUUCUGUUGGUGGUUACCCACCAUGUAGGGUAGGGGUUGAUUCCUAAGAAAGCCAGCACUGCUGGUUGUGUUAGGAGGGGUACUGGUAUUUAGAGAUGGGUUUUUCCAUGCAAGAUGGGUUUACUAAUGGUUUGGCAAUAAUGUGCUGUACUAAAUGCCCUUUGAUUCUGUUCUAGUGUUGGAGGUCUAUCUGAGUGCUGAUGUGAAACGUUUUCUAGCAUUUUGGUUUUCCUUAUGCCAGGCUCUGUUAGUGUCUAGUCCAUGAGGUGUGUAUGUUUGUCUCUUAUGUUUAACACAGGCCUUAUUUAGACUGUGUUUUAUGUGCUUACUCAUUUUUGAGGAUUCUAGUGUGUGUGGGCUUCGUGAUGUUUCACCAAUGUAAAAUGUGUCACACCCUCUGCAUAGGCUCUUGUACAUGCCUGCUUCUGUGUUGUGGUGGUAGCUGGCCUUUCAUCUAUUCAAUUCAUGUAAACUUUUAGAUGUUAUGACUGUUUUGUUGGUGUCACUUUGUUUGAGAGCCCAGGUUAUAUUAUGGGCUUCAUUACCAGUAGAUAAAAUAUUGCUUUGGGCAUUGUCAGUAUUCUCCCUAGGGUUGGGUUGUUGAAAUCUUCUGUGUUUUAAGUCUGCAAUUUAAGAAAAGGUAAACAUGAGUGUGGUAAGUAUGUUGGCAGCAGUGUUACACUCAUCUUCAAAAAACUUUGAACUACAUGUUCUGUAAGUCCCGAGAAAGAAAUCAAUAAUGCUACCAUUUUUAAUACUUUUAGCAUGGUGGGAAAUAAAGUGGAUUAGAUCUCC